UCCGCGAGGGGCUGGUUCCGGAACGUCACGGUCCGGUGUCCCCCCUUUAUGGUGAGGAACCGAGAGUUCGGUAUCAACGGGAGGUUCGAGUUAAGCCGAACCGGUCCGUUAGAAAAAGCGGAACAUGGAGCCGCUGGUGGCCGCGAUCGAUCAGGGCACGAGCUCUACGAGAUUUCUGGUUUUUAAUGCAAGAACAGCUGAACUGCUCAGUCACCAUCAAGUCGAGAUCAACCAGAGCUUCCCAAAGGAAGGAUGGGUGGAGGAGGACCCCAAAGAGAUCAUGUGGUCCGUUUAUGAGUGCAUGGAGCGGACCUGUGAGAAACUCAGACAGCUCAAUGUGGACGUGUCCAACAUUAAAGCGGUGGGAGUGACCAAUCAGAGAGAAACCACCCUGGUUUGGGACAAAGAGACCGGAGAGCCGCUCUACAACGCCAUCGUUUGGCUGGACCUGCGGACUCAGUCGACUGUAGAAGAGCUCAUCAACAAAAACCCUGGCAGAAGCAAGAACCACCUGAGGCAGAAAACCGGACUCCCCAUCAGCACCUACUUCAGCGCCGUGAAGCUUCGCUGGCUGCUGGACAACGUGGACGAGGUGCACGAGGCAGUUCUGAGUAAACGGGCCCUGUUUGGUACCGUGGACUCCUGGAUCAUCUGGUGUCUGACAGGCGGCAGGAGUGGAGGCGUCCACAUCACAGACGUGUCCAACGCCAGUCGGACCAUGCUCUUCAACAUCCACUCUCUGGACUGGGACCCGGAACUCUGCAGGUACUUUGACAUUCCAAUGGAAAUCCUCCCAAACGUCAGAAGCUCCUCAGAAAUAUACGGCUGGAUGAAUUCCGGUUCCCUCUCAGGAGUUCCUAUCUCUGGGUGUUUAGGGGACCAGUCGGCUGCUCUGGUGGGUCAGAUGUGCUUCGAUGAAGGCCAGGCCAAGAACACGUACGGGACGGGCUGCUUCCUGCUCAGAAACACGGGAACCAAACCUCUGAUGUCACACCACGGACUUCUCACCACUGUUGCCUACAAGCUGGGGAAAGAUGGGCCUGCUUGUUAUGCCCUGGAGGGUUCGGUUGCCAUAGCAGGAGCUGUGAUCCGCUGGCUGAAGGACAACAUGGGCAUCGUGCAGUCGUCCUCAGAGAUCGAGACAUUAGCGGCAGCAGCGGGAACCUCGUACGGCUGCUACUUUGUUCCGGCGUUCUCCGGUCUGUAUGCUCCAUACUGGGAGCCGAGCGCACGAGGCAUCAUCUGUGGGCUCACACAGUUCACCAACAGGAGUCACCUGGCCUUUGCUGCCCUGGAAGCCGUCUGCUUCCAGACCAGAGAGAUCCUGGAUGCGAUGAACCAGGACAGCGGCGUCCCUCUGACGCAGCUCCGUGUGGACGGAGGAAUGACGGGAAACAGGUUACUGAUGCAGCUGCAGGCUGACAUCCUCUGCAUUCCUGUCGUGCGACCCACCAUGUCGGAGACCACAGCUCUGGGUGCAGCUAUGGCAGCGGGGGCGGCUGAGGAGGUCGGGGUGUGGGACCUGGGCCCGGGUCAGCUCCCACAUCUCACGUCUGAGAAAUAUGAGCCUCAGAUCAACCCAGAAGAGAGCGAGUUUCGCUUCGCCCGCUGGAAGAAGGCCGUUCAGAAAGCCAUGAACUGGGAGACGACGGAGCCCUGCAGCCACAGAAAUGGUGUAGUGAAGAAGAAGCAGGGCGGUGCCCCCUGCUGGGUGACCCCCACCCCGCCCCCCGUCAGAGGUCAGCAGCUCUGAUCCAGCCGAGCCGGAGCAGAACUUAGGAUGACAUUUAUGAGACUCGCUCAGAGUCACUCUGGACUGAAACGCUGGAUGUGGGAUCUCCUCUGAUCCAGUCCAUGACCUGAAGUGCCUGCUGCUGGAUUCCAGAGGAACAACCUGUGGAGCAUCCCGGGAAUUCUUUAGGAGACAGAUCCUUAAAUCUCCCAGCCAGAGGAAAUCAUUUUAUCUGACUUUUGUUGUGCUUUAGGAGACGCGUCGUCCAUGACGACGUGUGUCAUGUGACCACUGGAAAACCUUCAUCAGAGAUCUUCAUCAGUCACAUGACCCAGAUUUAAAAAUGAACUAAACUAAUCAAACCGAACAUUUCAGCAAAUAUCAACAGCCUUUCCGUGUAUAAACAAUCAAUAAUUCAUAAUAAUUCCAGAACAGCCUCUGUUCAGAGAAAUAGGGUUUAAGUCAUCAGUGUCCAAAUGUGUUUAACCCCAAACACCAAGUUUAAGGUCUUCGCAGGUCACAAAAUAAGAUUUUGUAGAGAUGAAUCAACAUAAUAAAUAGAAGAUUGUGCAGCUGUGAGACAUGAAGUCUCUGGUGAACAACAGAGCAGCAUCAGGCCCGCGGACCUGGUUCUGAUGAAUACACGUGAGUCCGGUAUUGGGAUCUGGGUUGUUCUUUCUGCUGCUGCUGGAUUUAGACAAAGCUCUUAGUAGAGUCCAGGGUUUGUGCCCCCGUGACCAGGUGAUUAUAUCAUUAACUAAAACCCAGAUCAUUAAAAAGAAACUUUGGAUCAGGCUUACAUUUAUUUUAAAGACUUUAUUUUUUCUGCCUCGUGUUAGUCUGAACCAAAACAUGAUAACCAGCGUUUACAGAUGUUAUUAGCAGGAUGAAAGCAUUCUGUUAUUACAGCUGAGGGCCGCUCUGUGGACCCCCUCCUUCAGGAUUGAUGAGCUAACAGCUAGACGGAGUGCAGCUAACAUCAGAGUGUUUUGCUUUUGUGUUCAAACAACUACAAUUUCUCAGUUGGUUUUUAUUAUGUAGUUCUUCUGGCAUAAACCUGCUGGGUAGAGAGCUCACACUCACCUCAGAAUAUCCCUAAAUAUCUCCAGCCCCCCCCCCCCCCCCCCCCAUGUUUACACCUGUCUGAUCUGAGCAGAACAUUAAAAGCUGUGACU